UGAGCCCAUAGGGUCACACACUUAAGGGAAAGAAGCCUGAUAAGGAUGAGAUCCGAAUUAGACUAGACUUAGGUGCACUAAUGGGCCUUUUCGGCCCAAAAGGGGGCGCCUAAGGUGGGACCCAAGGCAACCCAUCUAAGAGGCUAUAUAAACAGAGGGAAGAGGGCGCCUGAACCCUAGACCUUUUACUAUUCACGGUAAUGUUCACUUGAACAGUACCGACGUGAACAGUAGCCGCCCCUCCUUCGCGCCGAAGCCCUAGGUCGCCUUUGCGGAUCUAGCAAUCCGGAUCGCGACGCUUCUUCCCGUACGUGUGGAUACCUUGGAGGUGCUGCAUUUGCAGCACAAGGACGAACCGCACGUGAGGAGGUUCUCGCAACUGCACUGCCGGCUUCCAUCUGUUCGACUACAUCGAUGCGCGACAGAAGUUCUGCACCCGCGCGUCUAGUGGUAAUCCCGUGAUAUAUAACUGCAUUAAUCCUGGUUUAUGUGUUAGAAUAAUUUUGUUUUUGCUACCCCAUAUUCCUACACAUAGUUGGCAGCCCAAAUAGAGAGCCACCAAAUUGAGGGGGUGGGGGAGAAAUUUGGUAGGCAUACUAAAAUGACAGCCUAUUUUCAAGGUUUGCUGGAGAUCAAUUUUUUGCACCCACCGAGCAGCUCAGGCUACGUGGGUAAUUUUGAAUGUUUAGUGAAUCUGAGAAUGCACAAUUGCAAAUGUAAAUGAAAACUUGAGCAUUUCAUUGUUUCUUUUGCAGUAAAUGCUAGAGGAACAUCUUCACAUAGAAAGCAAAAGCAAAAAGGGGAUGAUUGGAUGAACCACUUGAUGAUGUGCUACACCAGGGAGAUAUUUAGAAGCAUUAGCAAUGAUAAAAUUAUACAACGUUUUGAAGAGAUGAAAACACGCCGAAUGUUGGUGCCUCGGAAUGCUCCUCGUGAAGAUCGUCAAUCCUCAUGAUUCAUGAAGAAUAACGAACGUCGUGCUUUAUCUAUUGCUUUGUUGCAUCGCCCGCGUCCAGCCGUGCGAUUUCCACAAGACCCUAAAACCCAUGCUAGUCCGACAAGCCGGAGACGACUCCAACCGCGAGCCCACACCAGUCCGGCGAUGCCUACACCGACGACACACGGUGAUAGAUCAAAGAUGGUGGGGCGCGGCGGAGGUAUGAUGCAGUCGUUGGAGGCCGUGCUGCGCAGAGUUACUGGGACAGGUGAGUCCUCCCAGACGGCUGGAGGGAGGACGAGGAGGAGGAGGGGUGAGGCAAGGUCGUCGGUGCCUCCACCAGCUGAGGACGCCGGCUGGUCAUGUACAACGAGGAGUGGCAGGAGGACGAGGGGGCCUCGCGCGAGGUCACCCUCGCCUGAGGAGGAGGAGGAGGAGGAGCCACCGCCGCAGCAGGAGGAGGACCAGGAGGAGGAGGACGGGCAGGAGCAGGAGCAGGAGCAGGAGGAGGAGAGGCCUCUAGUGAGGAGGACGACGACCAGGGAGACAUACCUACCGUCUGGAUGCGAGGCCCCGCUCGUCUCCCGAACCGACCUAUACCGCUCGAGCAACGGCCGAUUAUUCGGCCAGACAGUAAAAGGAACUUUGUAAUCGCCGUUCCAGGUAUUCACAAACGCAUCCCCAAUGGCAUUCUGGGCCUACUUUGCAAGGACCACUACCCUGGAUGCAUCGAGAUUGACGGACGUCUUCAGCCGGCGUCGGCUUGGGAGCACUACAUCCAAGCCAUUGAUAGACCGGACCGGGAAGGCAAGUGCUUUGCGAGCAAGGCAGAGCGGGUGUUGCAGGACUGUGGGAUUUCUACAGGUACGAGGAGGGAAUGAUGACCGUGGCGCGCGAGAUGGCAAACACGGCCUGUCACAAGCUGGUGGCGGAUAUGCUCUACGAGGCGCACAUCCAGGCGAACUGUGAUUACAAAUGUCGCAUCGAAAAAGUGAAGACCAACAAAGGGGUUGUGCGAAACCUCAGGCUGACUCGGGAAUAAUAUAUGAGGGUGAUUCCUUGGUGGUUAGCCGGGAAUGAAUAGUGCUAGGACAUGAUAAUCAACAGGUGGUAUGCGGAAGGUUGGGUGGAGAUGCACGAGUCUUGCCGGCAGCGGCGUUUGAUGAUGCCAGGUGCACCGCACCAUCAGGGCAACAGUCACCUACGACAUUACGCGGACAGAUGGUCGGCAUCACAUGGAGGCGAGCCUUGCCCCCCGAUCAAGGCGUGGGCUUUGGCCCACAUGGGGAAGGCGACAUCCGAUGUCACCUACAACCCUAAUGCCCCUCCAGAAGCGUACAACAAUGCGACCGUCCACAGCCGCCUAGAAGCGUACAACAAUGUGACCGUUCACAGCCGCCUCAGUGAAUACAACUCGAUGGCAACGGAGGUCCAUGGGCCGGAGUUCAAUCCAAGCACGGCGCCCAUUGAUGCAGAAAUCGUCAUGAGGGUGGGAGGAGGCAAGAAGCAUGGCAGGUACUGGAUUGGCAACAGCGUAAUCGACACGGCCAGUACUCCCACUCUCGCGCAGAUUCGAGCUUGGAGCACUAGCUCAAGCCCGGCCAUGCGCCCACGGCCAAGCACUACGGAGAUGCAGAUGGCCGAACUGAAGGCCCAAAUGCAAGCUGAGUUCCAAGCACAGCUCCAAACACAGCAGGAGGAGCAGGAGGCGAAGUGGCAGGCCGAGCGGGAGAUGAUGCAGCGACAGUUUCAGCAAGCACAGGAGGCCAAACGCCAGAAGCUGGAUAUGGCUCUUCAGUACAUGCAGACUCUGGGAUCGGCGAUGGGUCUUUCGCCGCCGCCGCCAUUCACUGCCUCUCCUUUUCCUUAUCGUGCAGCUACUCCUACGCCUCCUCAGUCGGCGGCGUCCAAUGAUGGGCCAGUCAAUCAAGACAUGUCACCUCAAGAGAACGCCGCAGCAGUGUGGAUGGCUUUCGCGCAGCGCUACUCGCAGCCUCCGCCGUGGUCGACGCCGCCGCCGUCUGCCGCGUGACUAGCAUGACCUUUGGACUGUAUGCAACUUUGCAUUUGGACUAGUGUAUGCACUAUAUGUUGUAUGGACUAGUGUAUCGACUAUAUGCAAUUUUGCAUUUGGACUUCUAUAUUGUAUCGACUGUUGUAUGGAGUUGUAUCAACUAUUGUAUGGAUUUGUAUUGACUAUUGUAUGGAUUUGAUUCGAGUAUUGUAUGGAUUCGUAUCGAAUAUUAUCGAGAUUUGUAUCGACGUAUAUAUGAACUGCAUAUGUCAUUGUAUAUUUGA